AUGAGGUAUUGCAAGGAGAAGACAUACAAGCUCGAUAAGGAAUACACAGGCAAAUACGUCCGAAUUUUCCAAAAUGAGCCAUGCCCUGGUUAUCCACCAUGCAUUGCCAUCAAUAAGUUUGAGGUGUAUGGAAAUGUUAUUGAAGAAGAUGGAAAUGCUGUGGAUGAUGGAUUUAUUUCCUAUCACGAUGAUGAUGACGAUGUAAGCAUAAUUGGCCACAUCUCUAGAAAUGGAAAGACAAAGAUUGAAUAA